GAAAUGUGAAAAUGCUGCAGGACAUUGCAAAACUUUAUGCUGACCAGAGCAGUUGUGUCAUUGUGUUUGUUAGUAAACAAUCAUCAUGGUCAUGUGCUGAUCCAGAACCCUUUGUUAUUGGAGAUCUAACUAAUAAAGAGGCAUUCACCUACCUCCAUGAAAAACUUGGCAUUGAGGAAGAGGUCACCAAUCAACUCAUCCAACUUGUAGGUGGCCAGAUUCGUGAUCUCAAGGCAUAUGGUGAUAAGAUAAAACAAGGUGUGACAUUUGAAGUGGUUCGUAAAAUUGCACUCAGUGCUGUCAGUCACAACUUUCACCAGGCUCGAAUGAUGAAGGGCCAAAGAAAUCAUGUCAUUGGCAAGCUCAUCAUCCAGGAGUUGAUGAAAAAUGAAAAAAUCCAUUUUGAUGCAUUCAUUGAGUUUGUUAACAAUGAACAAAUAGCUGAUGAACUGUUACAGGCCAAUGUUUUCUCAUAUAACCCAGAAAGUGGGGUUGUCACCUUCCAGUCUCAUGCAACAGAAGUUUUUGUGAGAGAGAGACCAGAAUUUUCAUUGAGUUAG